AUGUGCGGCGUCUUCGGUUGCCAAGCAGCCGAUCCGCUCACCCGGACCUGCAUCGGUGGGCCACCUCUGCCCGAAGGCUUUGUCGAGUCCUUCCUGCGCUUGGGUGAGAUCUUGACCUCCGGGCAGUUCUGGCAGCGGGCUGCAGGUUCUUCAAGGACCUUGGACUAUUUGCAGAGGAUCAUGCAUCUGAAGGACCGCAGCGAAGUGGCUUUGGCGCGCAGGAACUUCCUCCGGAAGCUGGCAGUGAGGAAUCCUCCAGGCCAGAGUGGAAACUUCGUUCUGCAGGACUUGUUUCUCCAAGAGGUCUUUCAGAAUAUCGCCGGUUGCUACCUGCCAUACAUCAAGGAUGUGCCAGCCAAUCCGCAAGUCCGUGCGCUUUUGCAAUGGUGUGGUGUGGCCACUGAAGUGGAUCAGUUCUCUUUGGUCAAGGCUUUGAGGUUUGCACGCGAGACUGAGAUUCGAGACCUUGGCUUCGUGUCUGAGAUCUAUCGCAGACUGGAUGGAAGCGGGUUUAAUCCAGGAGAAGAAAAACUCUUCCUGGUUCCCGGGAAAGGUUUCUUGUCCAAGAUUGACUGCGUUUGGAGACCCUUCAAGGUGGACUUGCUUCGCAAAUGUUGUCAACUUGAGAUCCUACAAGAUCACUAUAGCCGUUUUGGGCCGGGCGUGAGGACUGCUUUGACGAAAUGGAUCCGUGAAGGGCCGGAGACGUCCGCGAAGGCCUUAUGCGAGGCAUUGAUUAUGGCCAUCGAAUGUGCAAGAGUCGACACACGCAGGUCGCGUCACCUCCCGGGAAAGCCAUCCAUAUCACCACAGGAGGCAGCAGCACAGCUGUUUCCUGCGGCCAAGGCUGCCAUUGAGGAUCGGCUGUUUGAUGAAAUGCAAGAGUUGGUGAAGCUUUGUGUCGGCACCUGCAUGGGCAUAGAUCUCAUUCCACCAGAGCCACCACAGCGAGUCGAAGACAAACGCCCAGAGACCGUGGUGUACAAUCACUUUGUGCAACAACGCAUGAUUGUGGUCCCUGGGGUCGGCGAAGGGGACGCUCAGUGCAGGAUUCUCGCGAUGGGCGAAGCCUACUGGGAAGUUGCACCUGAACUGGAGGGGAGUCCGGCACAGGAUACCGCUUUGAAGACCCAUUAUGGUGUUGGCGGCAAUGAGGAGGCCACCUUCAGAUUCUUCACAGAGAUCCUAAGUGUGAGGCCGCUUCUGACCGUGGAGCAAUGGUUGCACAUUUGUGAGGCCCACGCCCACGCCAUCCACUUCCUCCCCAGUGGCGAACGGGGGCCCAGUACCAUCGAGGAGGGUCUCAAGAUUGCACAGGUCACUGGAACAGAGACAGUUCCAAUGGAUCUCGAUAGCGCAGUAGCAGCGGUAUACCAGAGGCUUCACAGAAUGGGAGGACCGAUGGAGGGCCCGGAGCAUGGUGCUCCAAUCCCAGAUCGUAACCAAGGCCCUCGUGUGUGGCGACACGUUGGAUUCUUGGGGCGCGGUCAUCACGGCAUCCCUCUCUUUAGUGCCAAUGGUGCCCAGCCGCCUGCGGAAGACAUGACGGAGCCUGAGCUUGGAUUGCUGUUGGAGCUUUGCCAGCAUUUUGGCAUUCACCACCGACAGAUCGCCUUUGCAUAUGACCCCUCUGGGUCAUGUGUGUGUCGUGAAAGGAUGUUUCUGGACCUCAAGUACUUGCCUCGAGCAAGGCUGCUUGAAAGCCAGGCCGGUUAUCAUGCUGUGGUCUCGUUUUGGGCCAGCAAGUUGGCGAAGAUGCUGCAGAACCUAGGACAAGUACCAAGCGCAGGAGCGGCUGCGUUCAGGAAUCGUUUGCUCCAAAUGGUGUUGCCCGGGAUUUUCCAGGCAGACGAUGGCUUCCAAUGA